AUGGGCUACCUCAACCUAAGCGCUAUGGCCGAGUCCGGGGAGCAGACGAUGGGCUUAUCCCAAAGACUCAGUUUCCAAAGCUUUCUGCAUGCUGCGACAAGCAUCUCGGCCUCGAAUCCCGUCCUUCCCGUGGCACAAAAUCCAAGUAUUGCCGGUCCUCUUGCAGACUUUCACCGGGGUCUUCUUCGCCAAGGCAUCAGCCUGUCAAAUGUCGAGACUCAGCUUCCACUGGAAAGAUUUCUGGACGUAUCCGCGCUGAGAUGGCCGUUCCUGGACAGGGAAUCACUUGUGGCAGAUCACCAAAGCGUUCUGAAAAGCCAUGAGCAAGGGACUAUUGCUGAGCUCGUUGACAGGGAACCUGAAAAAGCUGUGCUCGUCUACCUUGCUGUUGCCACAGGCAUUUUGCAGUCACCACAUUACCGUUACAGGGAGACAUUUGCUACAAACUUAGCACUGACUGCUUUACAGCUGAUGCCUAAAGUACUGGCACAAUGCGGCAACCUGUCAAUCGUGCAAUGUUUGACCGCGCUCGCAAUUUAUUCACUUUUCAGUCCUCUCGGGGGAUCCACAUGGCAUUUGACUGGCUUGGCUAUGACGAGAUGCAUAUCCUCUGGACUGCACAUUGUUAAGCCAUUGGACACCCCUCCGCUAGGCUCUCAGAGGCUAGAGGAAAACAGACUCUUCUGGACUCUCUACAUUUUGGAUAGGUCGAUCUCUACUGCUUUGGAUAGACCGUUCUGUUUACAAGACGAAGAUAUCACCGCUCCGCUACCAGCAGACGCAACAACAGCUGGGGGAAGCAACGUCUUUGAGCCGUUCACACACUACACCAUCCACCACGCGCAGAUGAUCUCCGAUAUCCGUAGAAAUCCAGAGAGAGGUGCGCUCUUCCACACCAGCAACUUUCAUCACUGGAGAGACAGUGUGCCGCGACUACCGUCCGAUUCAGAGUGUGAGCCCUGGCUGGUGGAGUACACAAUCGCGUACUCAACUCAGCUUCGCUGCCAGGCCAUGCUUCAUGUGAUGCAGAUGCCAGGCUCAGAAAUUGAGGUGGGCGCCCUGAACAUACUGGCGAAUGAAGCAAAAGACGACUUCUGCACCUUCCUCUGUGCUCUUCAUCGCCGUUCCAAGGCGCAAGAUUUCGCAUUGACUGCGUUCGACGCCCUUGAUGCCUUUGCCGUUGGUGUUGCGCUGAUUGCAAUCGCGGCAAGGGUAGAUCACCGAAGCAUGUCAGUGAUGAAGAUGAUGAGCAAGGGUUCGGCCUUCAGGCUGUCCGUUGAGCUUCUCAUGGUCACCUCCGAGCGGUUCACAGCGAUCAGAUGCCUGGAGGACAUUUUGUGGGCUUUCCUGCAGGCGGCUACGGCGAAGGCAGACUGUGGCAAUCCCAACCAGAAUCAUGAAUGGUCGCAGCUGGAAACACUCAUCUCCAACUCCUCGAUGCCCCUGCCCGGACGACUGAAGGCGCUAAUGCGGGGUGUGCUGCGAUGA